AUGUCUGCCGCACAGCUUUUAAAUCCCAAAGCUGAAUCAAGGAGAAGAGGAGAAGCGCUCAAGGUCAAUAUCAGUGCUGGGGAAGGAUUACAGGAUGUUUUAAAAUCAAAUCUUGGUCCACUCGGGACAAUCAAGAUGCUAGUUGACGGAGCUGGAGCGAUUAAAUUAACAAAAGAUGGAAAUGUUCUCUUGCGAGAAAUGCAAAUCCAAAAUCCCACGGCGGUAAUGAUUGCACGAGCGGCCACAGCGCAGGACGAUAUUUGUGGUGAUGGAACCACAUCUGUAGUGCUUCUCGUCGGUGAACUUCUCAAACAAGCUGAAAGAUACAUUUCCGAAGGAUUACAUCCAAGAAUAGUUACAGAUGGGUAUGAAAUCGCAAAGAUAGAGGCUUUAAAGUUCCUAGAUGAAUUUAAGAUGGAACGAGAGGUGGAAAGAGAGUUGUUACUGUGUGUCGCUAAAGCCUCUUUAUCCACCAAAUUAAAUCAUUCUCUCGCUGAAAAGCUCACCCCGGACAUUGUUGACGCUGUACUUGCGAUUUAUCAAGCUCCUGCUAAGCCAGAUCUCCACAUGAUUGAAAUAAUGAAGAUGCAGCACAGGACAGCUUCUGAAACUCAAUUAAUUCGCGGACUCGCACUUGAUCAUGGUGCCCGACAUCCCGAUAUGCCAAAGAGAGUUGAGAAUGCAUUCAUUCUGAGCUUAAACGUCAGUCUAGAGUAUGAAAAGUCCGAAAUCAAUUCCGGUUUCUUUUAUUCAAAUGCAGAUCAACGAGAAAAACUGGUUGAAAGCGAGCGAAGGUUUGUCGAUGAGAAGUUACGGAAGAUUGUUGAGUUAAAAAAACAAGCCUGCGGAGAUGAUCCAAAUAAAGGAUUUGUUAUCAUCAACCAAAAAGGAAUUGAUCCUUUAUCACUAGAUGUCCUAGUCAAGAAUGGCAUAUUUGCACUUAGACGCGCAAAACGUCGCAAUAUGGAAAGGCUUCAACUGGUCUGUGGCGGUACCGCCCAAAAUAGCGUUGAUGACCUAACUCUUGAUAUUCUGGGCUGGGCCGGAAAUGUCUAUGAACACACCUUGGGAGAAGAAAAGUACACAUUUAUUGAGGAUGUAAAAGAUCCAAAAUCUGUGACCAUACUGAUUAAAGGCCCUAACUCCCACACAAUAACACAAAUAUCCGAUGCAGUCCGAGACGGGCUUCGAAGUGUCUACAAUAUGAUUGUGGAUAAGAGCGUGGUUCCUGGUGGCGGGUCUUUCCAAGUUGCAUGCGCAGCGCAUCUCAACAGCGAAACUUUCCGAAAGACGGUGAAAGGCAAGGCGAAGUGGGGAGUACAGGCAUUUUCAGACGCCCUUUUAAUUAUUCCCAAAACGCUUGCAGCUAAUGCAGGUCAUGACAUCCAAGAUACACUUGCUAGCCUUCAAGAUGAAUAUGCAGAGGGCAAUGUAGUCGGAAUAGAUCUGAAGACUGGCCUUCCGAUGGACCCGGCACUAGAGGGGGUCUAUGAUUCAUUUCGGGUUCUCCGUAAUGCUAUCGCAUCAAGCUCUGGAAUAGCAUCUAACCUUCUACUUUGUGACGAAAUGCUUAAAGCAAGACAAAUGAGUAGACCAGCUGGACCAGGGCCUGGAACUGAUGAAUAG